AUGAAGGUCCCAGUCCCUGCCCACAUCGGCAGCAUCGUGCUAGUCUUGCCCUUGCUGCUGGCUGUCCUUCAGACUGCCACGGCCCAAAAGAAUGGCAUCCAAAUCUACAGCCUCACCGUGGACUCCAAGGUCUCUUCUCGAUUUGCCCAUACGGUCGUCACCAGCCGGGUAGUGAACAGGGCUGAGGAAGCGCAGGAGGCCAUCUUUGAGAUGGAGCUGCCCAAGAAAGCCUUCAUCACCAACUUCUCCAUGAUCAUCGAUGGUGUGACUUACCCAGGGAACAUCAAGGAGAAGGCCACAGCCCAGAAGCAGUACAGUGAGGCUGUGGCCAGAGGAGAGAGCGCCGGCCUCAUCAAGGCCAUCGGGAGAAAGAUGGAGCAGUUCCAGGUGUCGGUCAGUGUGGCUCCCGCUGCUAAGGUUACCUUCGAGCUGGUGUAUGAGGAGCUGCUCAAGCGGCAUCUGGGGGUGUAUGAGCUGCUGCUGAAAGUGCGACCCCAGCAGGUGGUGAAGCACCUGCAGAUGGACAUUCACAUCUUUGAGCCUCAGGGCAUCAGCUUCCUAGAGACAGAAAGCUCCUUCAUGACCAACGAACUAGCAGAUGCCCUCACUGUCUCCCAGAACAAGACCAAGGCUCACAUCCUGUUCAAGCCAACACUGUCCCAGCAGCAAAAGUCUCCAGGUCAGCAGGACACAGUCCUGGACGGCAACUUCAUUGUCCGCUAUGAUGUGAACCGAACCCUCUCUGGAGGCUCCAUUCAGAUUGAGAAUGGCUACUUCGUGCACUACUUUGCCCCCGAGGGUCUGCCCACAAUGCCCAAGAAUGUAGUCUUUGUCAUUGACAAGAGUGGCUCCAUGAGUGGCCGGAAAAUCCAACAGACCAGGGAAGCCCUCAUCAAGAUCCUAAGUGACCUUGGCCCCAAAGACCAGUUCAACCUCAUCACCUUCAGCAGUGAAGUGACCCAGUGGAAGCCACAGCUGGUGCCAGCCUCCACUGAGAAUGUGGACGAGGCCAAGAGAUACGCUGCCGGCAUCUAUGCAUUGGGAGGGACCAACAUCAAUGAGGCGAUGCUGACGGCCGUGAGGCGGCUAAAGAGUGACAACCAGGCGGAGCUGUUGUCCGAAGGGAGCGUCUCCCUCAUCAUCCUGCUCACUGAUGGCGACCCCACCGUGGGGGAGACCAAUCCCAGAAAGAUCCAAAAGAAUGUUCAGGAAGCCAUAGAUGGCCAGUACAGCCUCUUCUGCCUGGGCUUCGGCUUUGACGUCAGUUACGCCUUCCUGGAGAAGAUGGCUCUGGACAACGGCGGCCUGGCUCGGCGCAUCUAUGAGGACUCAGAUUCUGCCCUGCAGCUACAGGACUUCUACCAGGAGGUGGCCAACCCCCUGCUGACAACAGUGGCCUUCCAGUACCCAAGCAAUGCUGUGGAAGAGGUCACGCAGGACAACUUCCGACUCCUCUUCAAGGGCUCAGAGAUGGUGGUGGCUGGCAAACUCCGAGACAAGAGCCCUGAUGUGCUGUCAGCCAUAGUCAAGGGGAAGAUGCACAAGCAGAAUGUCACCUUCCAAACUAAGUCCAGUGUGGCCAAGCAGGAGGAGGAGUUUCAGAGCCCCAAGUACAUCUUCCACAACUUCAUGGAGAGACUCUGGGCAUACCUGACUAUCCAGCAACAGCUGGAGCAGAUGGUUUCAGCAUCAGAAGCCGAAUCACAGGUCCUCAAGGACCGAGCUCUGAAUUUGUCACUUGAAUACAACUUUGUCACUCCUCUCACCUCUAUGGUGGUCACCAAACCCGAAGGCCAAGAACAGUCUCAAGUUGCUGAGAAGGCUGUGGAAGAUGAUAACAGACACAGGAAUAUCAAUACAGGAAUAGUUUCCAACUCCCCACAAAGGUUCGGCGCUAGAGUUGCUGACUCCACUGAGAGAUUAGUACAAAGAGGACCACCUGGGGAUCCUUUUCAUUUCUCCCAUUUACAGAACAUGGAGGACUUGGUAUUCUCGCCACCAUUGCUCCCCUCGGAUCCCCGUAAAUCUUUGUUGCAUGGCAUGGAAAUUCAAAACAAAGGACCAGUUGUGACGAUAGCUCCACCCUCAGCUCCCAUCCAGGCUCCUCCUGUCCUCCUGACGCUGCCUGGGCCCAGCAUGGACAGGCUCUGUGUGAACAUCAAGCACUCCCAGGAGCCCAUGAACCUGCUCUCAGACCCUGACCAAGGGAUUCAGGUGACUGGCCAGUAUAAUACAGAGAAGCCUUGUUUCCACUGGAUUGAGGUGACCUUCAAGAACCCCCAGGUGCGUGUUCAUGCAUCCCCUGAACACGUGGUAGUGACACGGAACCGAAGAAACUCUGCUUACAAGUGGAAGGAGACGCUAUACUCAGUGUUGCCUGGCUUAAAGAUGACCAUGAACAAGACAGGGCUUCUGAUGCUCAGUGGUCCAGACAAAGUCACCAUCAGCCUCUUGUCCUUGGAUGACCCUAGGAAGGGUCUCCUGCUCCUUCUGCGGGACACUGACCAUUUCUCCAGCCACGUCAAUGGGACCCUAGGCCAAUUUUACCAGGACGUGUUGUGGGAGACACCAGAAGGGGCAGACGACAACAAACGGUUACUGAAGGUUCAGGGAAAGGACUAUUCUGCCACCAGAGAGCUCAAGUUGGAUUACCAAGAGGGGCCCCCAGGAAAAGAGAUUUCUUGCUGGUCUGUGGAGCUGUAGUUCUGACGGAAGAAUCCUGUACCCUGCUGCAGGGCCACCUAUGGGGACUAGAUCACAAUGCAGAGGGGGAUUCCAACUGGUUUCAAAUAAAGAAAGGUGGCAUGAA